GAAGACGAAGAAGAAGAAGAAAUUCACAAAAGCUCUGACGAAGGCGGUGAUACGGAGUGACACGUAAACACAAAUCGGUCACAUACACAUGGUUAGCGGAUGUUAUUGCGAGUGUAUAGCGAAAUGCAUAAUGAUAGCAGUGAUACUAUCAAGAACAGUGUGCGGGUUCCUCCUUUUUUCCACUGUUUCCAAAACUAAAAUAUGUUACGAACAGAGUGAACAAAGCUUUUUUUAGACUUUACCCUUUGCCAAGGUUUCUAAAAUGUCGUUGUUUAGAAGGAGUGCACGGUUGAAUUGAGUUAUUGUACACGGUCACUUCAGAGUCGUUUCCUAACAGAAAUACGCAAAUAUAUGCUAGAACGCGCCAAUAGGCUCUCGCUAGCUCGUGCUUGGCUCUGCCCACCUGGUUGUUUGUUCUAUCCACUAGGAGUCAUUGGAAACUACAGGCGGUGGUCUAUAUUGUGCUACGCUAGCAGUGCAAGAAACAAAACCAACAACUGUAGCAGUACAGUAACGCACCAGAAAUAUCGCACGUUAGUGACCUGCAGUGACUCAACUACUGUGGCUCAAACUAUUGAUAUUUUGAAUCAGUAAAAAACAAGUUGUCUAAUCUGUGUGGGUUUACUGAAUGCGGCGAGAAUUCCCCGUGGACAGAGUUACUGCAAAUUAUGUAUUGGUAACUGGGAUCAGGAUGACCAACGUAAUCCUUAUCACAUAUUCUACCAGUGCAGAGAGACCUACACCCCAAGACCUGUACUAGACACAAACACCAAGUUUGAUGAAAUUGAAAAAAUAAAAGAAGACUGGAUUGCAAACUGAUGACACUGGAUCUGGAAACAUAGUCAUAUACUCCAAGUCAUAUACCGAGGAAACAUAUUGAGGAAAUAGCAAACAUACUGAGGAAAUACUCAGCAAACAUGCUGAGAAAUCAGCACCUGGUUAGCAAGAAAAAGAAGAAGAUGAGUGGGACCAAGACAUGCAAACAAGAAACCCAGUCACCAGCUCCCUCUUCUAGUGGACAGGCUGUGGAAAAACAGGACUUGAAGGAGUUUCAGGAUCCAGAGCCAGAGAAGACACAGAAACUGUAUGCUCAAAUGAAUUACAUCCUGGAUAGGGUAAAUCAAAACAACUUCCAGCAAUCGAUGAAGGCAAUUCCUAUGUUCACCAUUAACACAGAGGCCAGACUGAAGGGCAUCAUCAACCUCAUAUAUGAGAGGGCCCUGGCACAACCUACCAGCUCUGCGACCUAUGCCAACAUCUGCCGCUGCCUCCUUGGGCUUAAAGUACCCACCGCUGCCAAUCCAGGAGUGACAGUAAAUUUCCGCAACCUGCUUCUGAACCGAGUCCAAAGAAACUUUGAGAACAUGGCGAGAAGCAGUCGUGAAAUCUUCCGGCAACAACAGGAGAUGGUGGAUGCCAUCACCAAGGAGGAGGAGCGCCAGCGAGUGAGGGAGGAGCUGGAGGAGGCCAAGACCGAGGAGCGGAGGCAGUCGCUAGGCAAUAUCAAGUUAAUGUGUGAGUUGUUCAAGUUGAAGAUACUGACUGAGUGCAUCGUGCACGACGUCAUCGUAAAGCUGUUGGAGAACCGAGAUGAUAACUCUCUGGAGGGUCUCUGCACAUUACUCUACACCAUCGGCAAGAACUUGGACUUCAAGAAGGCCAGGCCCAGAAUGGAUCAGUACUACAACAUGAUUGUGAAGAUUGUGAAGGAUAGUACGACCUCCCCCAGAAUCGCAAGCAUGCUACAGGAUGUGCUGGACCUCCGAAAGAAAGAAACGGCCCAGCUUGGUGAGUUGGUGGAAAAGAUGGAGAAGACCGGGCUGCAAACUGACAAUGAUGCUGAGAAACACACGGGACCUGGAGACACAGAACCUGUUUUGCGUCCUCACUAUAAGUCAUUAGCCAUGAAGAAUCAGAAGCUGAUCAGCACAUCUAUACCACUACAGGAGAACACAUGUCCUCAUCAUGAUGAUAAGCUGAAAGCUGAAGACUCAGCUGCUGCUCGGGGGGCUACCAAAAAGAAAAAGGUGAAUGUGCAGUUGAAGACAUGCCAGCAGAUAAUCCAGGAGAGAGAGGAGGAACUACAGAAACUGAGACAGGAAGUGGAGUCUCUAAAGUGCUUAUCACAGGCCACAAUGGAGGACAGUGAGAGGUUCUUCACCAAGCUGAUUGAGACAAGGUGCUCAGAGGUGAGAGAGGUGAUCCAAGCUAAAGAGAAGGAGAUGGUGAGUGAGGCUGAGGGACUCCUACAAACACUGGAGCAGGAGCUUGAUGAGCUGAAGAGGACCGAAACAGAGGGUAGACAGCUUCCACACAUAGAGGUCUACCCCCAUUUCCUACAGAAAUUGCCCAGCAUCACUGAGGCUUUUGAAGAAGUGAGGACAUGUGCCUCUGAAAUGCAACAGCAAUUUGAAGAUUCCUCCAAGUUGCAAUUUGUGGAGUUUUCUAAAUCAGUUGAAGAAAGUCUGGGACCAUACACUAUCAGUUCUCUUAGCACUAGCAGACAGGCAGUGGAAGAAAAGGACUUGCAGGACUUUGUGGACCUAGAGACAGUGAAGACAGAGGAAAUGUAUGAACAAAUGGAUAACAUCCUGACCAGCCUGACUCCCAAGAACUUCCAUCAGUCAAUGAAGGUAGUGAGUGCAUUCACCAUUGACACAGAGGACAAACUCAAGGGCAUCGUUGACUCUAUAUAUGAGAGGGCCAUCUUAAACCCUACCAGCGCUGAGGUCUAUGCAAAUGUGUGCCACCAACUCAAGUGGCUCAAAAUACCUGGAGUGACAGUGAAUUUCCGCAAGCUGCUGCUGAACCAAUGCCAGGAGGGCUUUGAGAAGGAUAAUAGUAAGAUCUUAAAAGAAAAGCAGAGGGAACUCGACACCACCACUGAGGAGGAGGACCGUCAGCGACUGAGGGAGGAGCUGGAGGAGGCUAAGGCAGAGGGGCAGCGGGAGUUGCUAGGCAACAUCACAUUCAUCUGCCAGUUGUUCAAGUUGAAGAUGAUGUCCGAGGGCCUCAUAGACUACUGCAUCGUAAAGCUAAUAAAGGAUGGAGAUGAUGAUUCGCUAGAGGGUCUGUGCACAAUACUCUUCACCAUUGGCAAGGACUUGGACUCUGAGAAGAACCAGCCCAGAAUGGAUGAGCACUACACACAGAUUAAUCUGAUAAAGGAGAGAAGGAGGACCUCCCCCAGAAUCCGCUAUAUGCUUCAAGAUGUGCUGGACCGCAGAAAGGAACAGGUGAGGAAGGUACAGAGGGAAUGUCAGCAGAAAAUCAAGAAGAGGGAAACUGUGAUGUUGGACCUGCAAAACACGAUGGGUUCUGUCAAGUGCUCUGCACAGGAAGCUGUGGUGGACAGCGAGAGGACGUUCACUGAGCUGAUCCGCUUCAUUGAGAGAAGAAGCUCUGAGGUGAGAGAGAUGAUCAAAGCUAAGGAGAGGGAUAUAGUGAGCGAGACUGAAGGACUUCUACAUACACUGGAGAAGGACAAUGUUGAACUGAGGAAGAUUGAUGCUAACAUUAUACUGCUGACACAGACCGAGGAUCACAUCCAUUUCCUCCAGAGCUGCACGUCUCUAUUUGCCCCCCUUGGAUUUGAAGACAUACCUGGGAUUCCUGUUGGUCAUGAAGUAUAUUUUCAGAAAGUUAAGAUGUCCACCUCUACACUGAAAGAAAAACUAGAGGAUGUCUGCUCAGAGGAACUGGGGAAGGUCUCUAAAACAGAUAUAACUGGCAAUCUUGUCCGUGAGGAUUCAGUAGAACAGAACCUGGGCUUGAAGGAAACCAUGCAAGCUGAAGAUCCACAGAUCCAGAAGCUGUUUGUCACUAUGUGUCACAUCCUGGACAGGCUGACUCCUAAGAACUUCAGGGAGUUGAUGGUAGAAGUGACUGAGCUCACCAUUGACACAGAAGACAAGCUGAAGGGCAUCAUUGACCUCAUAUAUGAGAGGGCCAUAGCACACCCUGCCAGCUCUGCGGUCUACGCCAACUUGUGCCGCUGCCUAAUGGGGCUCAACGUGCCAACGUCAUGUAAUCCAAGAGUGACUUUGAAUUUCCGUAAAUUUCUGCUGAAUCGAUGCCAGUUUGAGUUUGAGAAUAAUAAAUCUGAGCUCUUUGGAGGAAAGCAGAAGGAGCUGGACACCACCACCAAGCUUGUGAAGCUUGCCCGAACCUUCCAGGGGGAGGUCAGCCAGCGACUGAAGGAGGAGCCGGAGGAGGCCAAGGCCAUGUGGUGCAGACGGUCUCUAGGCAACAUCAGAUUCAUUUGCGAGUUGUUCCAGUUGAAGAUACUUACAGAAGCCAUUAUGCACAAUUGCAUCGUAAAGCUUGCUAAGGAUGGCGACGAUAACUCUCUGGAGUGUCUGUGCACAAUGCUCUCCACCAUCGGCAAGGACUUAGAGAAGGCCAGGCCCAAAAUGGAUCAGUACUACAACAUGAUUGUGAAGAUUGUGAAGAAUAGGACAACCGCCCCCAGAAUCCGCUAUAUGCUGCAGGAUGUGCUGGACCUCCGAAAGCUUCAUCUGUAGUAGGGGAGAACAUGUGCACAGGACAAGAUGGAAGCACCACACGCACACACACACACACACACACACACACACACACACACACACACACACACACACACACAUAUCAAUAUGUGAUAAGAGUGAAUACAUGUAUUGGAUAUAAUUAUUUGUGAAAUUAAAUAUGAUAAUGUAAGACUAUUUGCUGUUGCUAUAUACAAUUAAACUGAAAUUAAACAUG